AUGUCAGACCUUCAUCGUCUGAGGCCGAAUAUCCGAGAAUAUUUACUCCUUGGGCUGCUGAAUGGCUGGCGGCGCUUUGAAAAGAAGUUAGAGCCAGUCGACUUUAUCCCAACGUUGGACUAUUGUCUCAAUUCUGCCCGAGUGAAUCGUGAAAGCAACCUCAUGGGACUCAAACUCAGCUCAGAGUCGAGCAGAACUCCAACUUGA